GGAUCCCGGAUUCCCUGUAGAACGAGUAAAAGGAUUUCUUCAGCUGCGCUCCAUUGGAAUUAGGGUUUCGAAAUCCUUGCGGACAUGGAGGGGGAUAUGAAGAGCUUGGCAGAGUUUGAAGAUUCCAUUGACCUUGAUGACUCUAAGUAUUUAUGUGGGCUCAGCACCAUUCUUGUGGCCAGCAUUCAGGAAUUGAAAGAUAGGGUUUCCCAAAUUGAGUUUAUUUUUUGCAGUCAGUUGUUUCCGAAUUUCCAAUCAAGAUCAAGUCUUCUGCACAAAAAGCUCAUUCAGACCAAGAAAGCAGCAGAGGAUGAAUGGAGGAAGAAAGAAAAUUCCCUCUUAAAUCAAAUAGAAGAAAUUCGACUUGAAAAGCAGCUUGCUCAAGAACAAAUUCAGCAAAUGAAUAUUUUGCUGGAAGAAAGCAAAACAAGAUUGAUGGGUACUGAACAAUCUUUAAGCGUGAGUGAAUCUGAGAAGAAACAGUUACUAGACAAACUGGAAGUUUUAGAAAGCAAAGAAGAGAUUAUUGCGGAGCUCAAGGAACAGCUUAGGCAGAAGAGUACUGAACUGAGUAAGGAAAAAGAGUUGCAAGAGCGACUGUUGCAACAGAUUGAGUUGAAAGAUAACCAAUUAGCUAUAGAACAGAAAAAACGAAGAUGUUUAUAUGAGGGGUACAACACAAAAUAUAAGCAAUUGAAAUCUCAAUACAACUUUGUGGUACGAAAGACUGGCUUCACAAUAGAGAAUAAUCCUUCACCAGACAAAAAGGAAGAUGAAAAGGAUUUGCACAAACCUCCUAUGAAUAAAAGAAGUUUCCAAGAUUGCAGAUACAAAGAUGAGGAGACUAUGCAGUGUGCCUCAAAACCAAGUGCACAGAAAAUUGAGAUCUCAUUGCAGGAGAAACUUGUCAAUACUGGAGACUUGAUCAAAAUGAAGAAGUCAGACGGAGAUUCUUGCAUCAAGUCACGGUCCUCCUCAGGUACCUUUCCUGCUACAAACUCCACUACUAAUGCACAAUCCAAGCAAAUAAGUGCUAGUUCUUGUUGGAAAAACACCCGGGCACGACAAGAACCAGGUGGUGUAGAUCCUCAUGAUGACUUUCUUGACACACCCAUGGAACUCUUGAGAAACUCAAAGAAAGGCGAGGAAGAAGUUCAGGAUCUUCCAAACGAAAUGGAUUUGAACAAUUCAGAUGAUGAAACACAAGACAUAAAGGAAGAACCUCUUAUCCAUGACCAUCCACAAAAUGCAUCAGUUCUAAAACCAGUAACCAAAGACAAUUUCAAAUUUGUGGAGCCUGUGAGGAAGAAAACUGAGAGAGAUAAUCUCAAAGGAAUAGAAUGCAAACAAUGCAAGAAGUUCUACGAUGCAGUUCUGCCCAACAAUGGAGAUCAGUGUCAUGACAAAGCAGGUGGUUACAACGGUACACGCUGCGAGCACCAAGAAGGUGUUUCACGGCAUCGCUACAGGUAUGCACCUCCCCUGACGCCUGAAGGAUUUUGGAAUAUUGGAUUUGACUCAGAAAAGUAAUUCUAGUAGAAUGUUUUUGACAGUUUGUAGUUCCUCCAUAAGAUUUCAAUUUGAUGAAAGUUUUCAACCCAACUUCUGGUAUGCUUUGCAUUUGAAGCUCAAUUUUCUCUCAAUGAUGGUAUUAUACUGCUAGCGUCUUUACAAUUGAAAGUUACCUAACAUUUGUUGCUAAUGAGCUGGUUAGCACAAAAACUAGGCCUUUGUUUGUUACUUUUGGCAUUCUUUUGCUCUGGUGGGUUUGAUGUUUUCUGCAACUUUUCCUCCUUUUUAAGGGUGAAUUUCCUGGUGCACAAACCCAAUAAUAAUUAGUUGGUGAAUUAGGGGAUUAAUUUCAUCCAAGCUUUAGGUUAAAUGUGAUUCCAGAGCCACUAUACACAAACCAUUAAAUCCUCAGCCUUUAAUCAUAUUUUAAAAGAGCUUUAAUCUUCAACUUCAACUUAUGACUCACCUAUUUACGAUGGUGGUGAUUUGUUAUUUUAAGCUAUGUUUUCCUAUUACUGUUAAUC